GAAGGGGUGGUGAGAAAGAUACUUUAAUCUUGAUGUCUACAAGCCCCAAGCAGCCCCAUGCCAGCUGGUCGGGGGCUUUGUGCAAGUCGCCAAGAUGACAGAGGGACCCAAGAAGACCAGCAGAAAGUUCAAGUUCUUCAAGUUCAAAGGCUUUGGGAGUCUCUCCAAUCUCCCUCGGUCCUUCACUCUGAGACGGUCUUCAGCUUCUGUCAGUGCCCAAUCCCAUCAGGAACCUGACAUCUUUGAAGCCACACAGGAUGACAUGGUCCCCAAGAGCCCUUCAGCCUAUGCUCGCUCCAGCGACAUGUACAGCCACAUGGGCACCAUGCCUCGCCCCCACAUUAAGAAGACUCGGGGCCAACAGGCUGUCCAGAAGACCCAGGAGGUGAGCCCUGAGCCCCAGCUGGUAUUCCAAGGUCUGCCUGACCCACCAGACAUGGAGGGACCCAAGGAGGUGGUGGCCGGGGCUAAGGCCACCCUGGAAAACACCCCAGAAGUGAGACCCAACCCUUCAGCAAUGGAAGUGAGAAAGUCUAAGGACCUCACAGCAGAUGCAGACAUAAAGGAGGAGAGAACCCCAGAGAAUAUGCCUCCAGAAAGAGCUGCUGGAGAGCCUGAGGCUGCUGGAGACUAUGUGAAGUUCUCCAAGGAGAAGUACAUCCUCGACUCUUCACCAGAGAAACUGCACAAGGAGCUGGAGGAAGAACUGAAGCUCAGCAGCACAGACCUCCGCAGCCAUGCCUGGUACCACGGCCGUAUCCCCCGAGAGGUCUCUGAAACCCUGGUGCAGCGCAAUGGUGACUUCCUCAUCCGGGACUCGCUCACCAGCCUGGGGGACUACGUGCUCACGUGCCGCUGGCGCAACCAAGCCUUGCACUUCAAGAUCAACAAGGUGGUGGUGAAGGCUGGCGAGAGCUACACCCACAUUCAGUACCUGUUUGAGCAGGAGAGCUUCGACCACGUGCCUGCCCUGGUGCGGUAUCAUGUGGGCAGCCGCAAGGCUGUGUCUGAGCAGAGCGGGGCCAUCAUCUACUGCCCAGUCAACCGCACCUUCCCGCUGCGCUACCUCGAGGCCAGCUACGGCCUGGGCCAGGGCGGUGGCAAGGCUGCCAGCCCCGCCAGCCCCUCCAGCUCCAAAGGCAGCCACAUGAAACGGCGCAGUGUCACCAUGACCGAUGGGCUCACCGCCGACAAGGUCACGCGCAGUGACGGCUGCCCCACCAGCACGUCCCUGCCACACCCCCGGGAGUCCAUCCGCAACUGUGCCCUCAGCAUGGACCAGAUUCCCGACCUGCACUCGCCCCUGUCCCCCAUCUCCGAGUGCCCCAGCUCCCCAGCCUACAGCACUGUAACCCGUGUCCACGCUACCCCUGCAGUCCCUUCUGCCACAGCUUUGCCUGCUUCCCCUGCCAUCCGCCGCUCCAGUGAGCCCCAACUAUGUCCCGGAAGUGCUCAGAAGCCCUCUGGGGAACUGGACAAGGGCUCUCAUGCCAGCCCCUCACAUACCCUCAGCAAGGCCUCCCCCUCACCAUCCCUCAGCAGCUACAGUGACCCGGACUCUGGCCACUACUGCCAACUUCAGCCGCCUGCCCGUGGCAGCCGAGACUGGGCAGCGGUGGGCACCUCCAGUCAGCAGGCCAGGAGCUACGGGGAGAGGCUAAAGGAGCCAUCGGAAAAUGGGGCCUCCGAGGGGGACUGGGGCAAGGCCUUCACAGUCCCUGUCAUGGAAUCCAGCUCUUCCUUCAACCCAGCCACCUUCCAGUCCCUUCUGAUUCCCAAAGACAACCGGCCACUGGAGGUGGGCCUUCUGCGCAAGGUCAAGGAGCUGCUGGCAGAGGUGGACGCCCGGACGCUGGCCCGGCAUGUCACCAAGGUUGACUGCCUGGUUGCUAGGAUACUGGGCGUUACCAAGGAGAUGCAGACCCUAAUGGGAGUCCGUUGGGGCCUGGAGCUGCUUACCCUCCCCCACGGCCGGCAGCUACGACUAGACCUGCUGGAAAGGUUCCACACCAUGUCCAUCAUGCUGGCCGUGGACAUCCUGGGCUGCACAGGCUCGGCGGAGGAGCGGGCAGCGCUGCUGCACAAAACCAUCCAGCUGGCGGCCGAGCUUAGAGGCACCAUGGGCAACAUGUUCAGCUUCGCGGCGGUUAUGAGCGCCUUGGACAUGGCCCAGAUUUCCCGGCUGGAGCAGACAUGGGUGACACUGCGACAGCGGCAUACGGAGGGUGCUCUCCUGUACGAGAAGAAGCUGAAGCCUUUUCUCAAGAGCCUUAACGAGGGCAAAGAAGGGCCUCCACUGAGCAACACCACUUUCCCCCACAUCCUGCCACUCAUCAGUCUGCUGGAGUGUGACUCAGCCCCUGCUGAGGGCCCCGAGCCCUGGGGCAGCACGGAGCAUGGUGUGGAGGUGGUUCUGGCUCACCUCCAGGCCGCUCGCACAGUGGCACACCACGGAGGCCUCUACCACACCAACGCUGAAGUCAAGCUGCAGGGGUUCCAGGCCCGGCCAGAGCUCCUGGAGGUGUUCAGCACCGAGUUCCAGAUGCGCCUCCUCUGGGGCAGCCAAGGUGCCACCAGCAGCCAGGCCCGACGCUAUGAGAAAUUCGACAAGGUCCUCACUGCGCUGUCCCACAAGUUGGAGCCUGCAGUCCGAUCCAGCGAGCUGUGACCCUUAGCCAUCUUUCCCCUCUGCAGCCUCAGGCAAACUGGGGGGUGAGCAGAGGCCUUUUCCCCAGAGCACCCCAGGGACACUGUGAUCAGCCCAAGAAUGUUCUGGGUUCAACUCCAGGACCUCCUUGCACCUCCAGGGUCCUGUGUGGACUCUUGGCUCUGCCUCUUGGACAUACCCUUCUGAGUCUUCAGGAAGGACAGGAUCCCCUAGCCCCCCACCAGCUUCUGUGGUCCCCGCUUUCUGCGAGGUUCCCCGUGUUUGAGCCAUGGGAAGGCUCCAUACCUCUUCCCUCUUCUCCAGGCAUCUGCACACUGGCACCAAGGCCUCCAUCUUGCUACUGUAAAUAAGUCCGUUCUGUAAAUAGAUGUACAGAAACCAUGCUUUUUCUUUCAUACAAUAAACUUUUAUGACUCUUU